AUGAUGAUGAUGAUGUCAUGAGAUUUUGGCAGCAUAAAUAGUGGAUCAGAAUCAAUCUGUGAGACACACUGCCUGAUAAUACAGUUUAUUAUCUAGCUUUGAUCACCAUCACAAUAACUGAAGAAAUGUCAAUGCCUGGAGGAUUUACCACAGUGAGACUUGUCACUGAAGAAGUGAAGAAGAUCUGCCUUAAGGUGAAGCCAGAGAUCGAGAAGAUGAUUCCAGUCAAUUGCAAAGAUUACAUUCCCGUAUUCUAUAAGACUCAGGUUGUGGCUGGAACAAACUAUCUGGUCAAGGUGGACGUCUGUCAAGAGGAUAAAGAAGAAGAUAAGUGUGUUCAUGCGAUGAUAUUUCAGGCUCUCCCCUGUGAUGGAGGGGAUCUGUCUGUGACUGGAGUCCAGUUCCCUAAACUCCUCACUGAUCCUCUGGUCCCCUUCUGAACACUUCUUCUAACCGCAUGCAGAAAAUAGUCUGAUAUAAUAACAGACACACAAUGAUCUGCCAUAGAGGAACUAUUGAAAACUGUUUCAUUCCUCAAUAAACUCAAUAUUCAAACCCUCA